CUGACUUUUGGACCAGUGCGCCCUGCAGGCUGCUGUAGAAUAUGACGAUGAUGGACUGAGAUGACAUCGUCGAGACCGGGGACUAGGGCUGGAAGGCGAAAAAUGCUCACUUGGGUCACAUACGCUCUCUCCAAGGAACCCUGCCGACCGGAUCAUUGGCUUGCUGCCGAAUUUCCAAACCCGCAUCAUCGAAAUGCAGUUUCGUAUGUAAACCAGGCCACCCACGCUACCCAGCCGUCCCAAGUAUCGACGUCUACAUAGUAGCUGGAGCUUGGAUUCAUUCCAACACAUCUUUGAGAAUGCAGUUCCUCGCCCCGUCUGUCCAGAAAGAAAUCAUGGCUGCCAAGAAUCACCAGAGGCCGCCCUUCCGCGCCGAGCACAUGGGCUCGCUGCUGCGACCCAAGGCCCUGACCGAGAAGCGCACAGCCCUGGACGGCAAGAAAGCCGUCGAGAUUGCCGCGGACGAGGAGCUGAACCAGCUUGAGGAGCAAGGCGUGCGCGACAUUGUCAAGAUUCAGCUGGACCUCGGUUUCCAUGCCGUGACCGACGGCGAGUACCGCCGCCACCAAUUCUGGGGCAACUUCUUCCCCGGUCUCGAGGGCUUCGAGGAGGUCGACGCGCCGAGCUGGGAUAUCUUCCGCAUGUACGUCCCAGACAUUGCGGCUUUUGUCGAGAGCGACCACAAGCCCGGCGAGUCCAUCGUCUGCACAGGCAAGAUCAAGCACAAGGGCAGCACGUAUCUGAGAGAGUGGAACUUCCUGAAGAGCCUCGUCCCGCCUGAGCGCGUCAAGGAGGCCAAGUUGACUCUGCCUGCGCCCGAGUGGUAUCACCUGCGGUAUCAGAAGGGGCACGCGUAUCCCAAAGGCGUCUAUGCCAAUGACGAAGAGUACUUUGCGGACAUUGCCAAAGCAUACCGCACAGAGCUGGAGAUUCUGUACGACCAUGGCGUUCGGAAUAUCACAAUAGAUGACCCCAACUUGGCGUACUUCUGCUCGGAAAAGAUGCUCCAAGGCUUCAAGGACGCGGGCGAGGACUCGGACGCCCUGCUGCAGUCCUACAUCAGGCUGUACAACGACUGCAUCUCGUCCCGCCCCGCCGACAUGCACGUCGGGAUCCACCUCUGCCGCGGCAACUUUGCCUACUCGCGACACUUCUCCGAGGGCGGCUACGACCGCAUCGCGCCGCGGCUGUUCGGCGAGAUCGAUGCCAACACCUACUUCCUCGAGUACGACACGGACCGCGCCGGCGGGUUCGAGCCCCUCAGGGCGCUGCCGGCGCACAAGAACGUGAUUCUGGGCGUUGUCACAUCCAAGUUCCCCGAACUCGAGGACCUGGAGGAGAUGAAGGAGCGGGUGCUUCAGGCAGCCGACUUCGUGGCCAAGGGCGUGGGUCAGACACGCGCGCAGGCGCUCAAGAGGAUGGGCGUCAGCCCGCAGUGCGGGUUCGCGAGCCAUCACUUGGGCAAUUCGGUCUCGCACCAGGACAUGGUGGACAAGCUGAAGCUGGUGCGUCGGCUGGCAGAUUCGAUAUGGCCGGGCGAGCCGUGAAAAAGAGCGCCAAGUGGACUUGAAGCAGAGGGUGUUGCGGCGUGAGGUGCAUGAAGAGGGUGGUGGUACUAUGGGAUCGUACGGUUGCCAGAAAGGGGGAAAGAAGGUCCUUUGCGAAUCAACUUUUGGUAACCUACUAAGUUUUGCAACAUUUUCAAAGAAGUUCGUGUUACAUGAGAGGAAUCGGAUAUGACUUGUUCCCACCACCAACGCUUCACGUUUCGGCACGGUUAUAUAUGCCUCGACGCAUUUGAUACAAGCAGAUAGCUAGAUAGCUACCAUCCGUCGCCCAAUGAACGUCACUCCACGUGAAGUUCAGAAUGCUACUGCAAGAAAAGAAACAAACAAACAAACAGGGGUAUCAUUUGAGCACAUGGCUCGACCUACACACGCUUAAACGCCGCUUUUACUCAGUAUCCGCAUGACUCCCGCCCUUCGUCUUCCCCCCCUUCCGUGUGGCAGCUGGUG